AGCUUUGGUGCAUUGAUCCUCUGUGAAUGGCUCAGUUUGGAGUCUUUACUAUUCAUUGAAUGCAUACAUCAACCUCUGAGGAAAGACUUCCUGUAAACACGUCUAUUUUGCUUUAAGUGUUUAAAAUGUCUGAUAAGAAAAUAAUUAUGAACAGAGCCCAUGAUAUUGAGAAGCUACUCUCUGAAAACAAUUUCCAAGAUAUUGGAAAUCAUCUUACAGAACUUGAAGCUGUUGAUAUGAGUAUAGAAUAUCUUCAGGAGACUGAUGUUGCCAAAGCUGUGUACAGAGUCCUCCAGAACUGUCCUGCAAUGACAUUGAAAAAGAAAGCAAAGCAUUUAUUAUCAAAGUGGAAGACACUUUACAAGAAUAACUAUCUUUCAUCAGUACAAGGUAAAAAGUCAGUUUCUGAGAGUGUGAAAGAGCACAAUGAAUAUUUCAGUGUGGUUCCACAAGAACAAAUGGAGUUUUCUGAAGAAUUGAAUCAGCAUGAAAUGUUAGAUGCUGCUGGCACUAAUAGUUUGCUAACAUUACAAAACGUUCCAAAAGAUGAAGUGUAUAAUAAGCCAAAAAGCAGUGUGAAUCAGCUGGGUCUUUUAGAAGAACAGCGCGCUGAUAACGAAGACGCUAAACCUGCUGGCAGUGAAACAAGCCCACAGCAAGAACAUCUGAAGGCUGUGAGGUUGAAAUGCACAGAACUUAUUUAUAAAGCCUUGACUGAUUCUGCCACAAGCAAAGAGGAAGCCAAUUAUCGGCAAGAAUUAGCCAAAGAAAUUGAAGAGCGUAUUUUUGCUCUUCAUGCUAGAAAUGACAAAAAGUACAAAAAUUGUAUCAGAAGCAAAGUCUCUAACUUGAAGAAUCCUAAAAAUUUCCACUUAAAACAUAACCUGUUUUCAGGGACUAUGAGUCCAAAGACUUUUGCUGAGAUGACAGUGAUGGAAAUGGCCAAUGAUGAACUGAAACAACUCAGGGCUUUGUACACAGAAUCAUCUGUUCAGGAACAUCAGCUUCCCCAAGUUGUUGAUGGCACACAGACAGACAAAAUAAAAUGUAGGCGCUGUGAAAAAUUUGAUUGCACUGUCACUAUGAUUGCCAGGGGAACUCUCUUCCUUCCUAGUUGGGUGCGAAAUGCAAAUCCAGAUGAACAAAUGAUGACUUACGUUAUUUGUAACGAAUGUGGAGACCAGUGGUACCACAGCAGAUGGGUUUGUUUGUGAUUAUUAAUCCUUUAAUGAAUAUCACUUAAAAGUGAAAAACGUAAAAUAGAUAUCAGAAGAAAAGUGUGUUAGGAUUAUUUUUAUACUUGUUUUAGAUGUUUAUAAAUCUGUGCUAUUGUGCAGACACUGCAAAUAAUAAGUUGUAGGAUAAUAGCUAAAAUAUAAUGAUCAUAAAAUAAUUUUGGAGGUUGUUUUGAAAUCAUUAUUUGGCUUUUAAAUUUUUAAAUUUUAUUUUCUGUAAGUAUGUAAAAUAUGCAUUGUGUGGUAACAUAAUUUAGUGGGAAACAUAUUUGCAUGCUUGUUACAAAGAUUUCUUGCAUAUCAGAAAUUUCUAAACAGUUAAGGACUUAUUUUCAAAGGUAUUGAACACUGUAGUUCUUAUUAAAAACAACAACGAG